AUGUCUGGUAAUCGCAGUUACACCGAUCAAGAUGUUAACCGCGCUCUCGAAGAAAUUCUCAAUGGAGCAUCGAUAUCAGAAAGUGCUCGAAAGUUCGGAAUCCCACGAUCAACACUGUCAGAGAAGCGCAGUGGACAUCUUCCGACUGAACAUAAGAUGGGGCCUCCAACAAUUUUGAGCCCAGACGAAGAAUCUCUGCUUGAAAAAUGGAUUUUUCAUGUUGGUACAGCUGGAUUUCCGGUUACGAAAGACCAGCUGCUGUACAGUGUUCAGAAGCUCCUGAAUCAUUCCAAAAUAAAAACAAUUUUCACCGACAAUCGUCCUGGCAGAAAGUGGUACGAAGCGUUUACGAGACGUCAUCCAUUAAUUAUCAAAAAGCAAUGCCAGAAUUUAACUGCUGCUCGAGCAAGUGUCACCGAGGAAGGGUUACGUUCUUGGUUUGAAGAGGUCCGUCAAUACCUUGCGAAUACAGGGAACGUUGACAUUUUGAAUGAUCCCAAGCGAAUCUUUAAUAUGGACGAAUCUGGAUUUUUCUUGAACCCGAAACCAGGAAAGGUAAUCCGGUCAUUUCAUGUACGUUUCAUUUACACCAGAGACGAGAAAGAAAUGAUUACCGUUCUGAUCGGUGGCAAUGCUAGCGGCGUAAAAACUCCACCGUUGGUCAUGUUCCCUUAUCAGCGGCUACCUGCCAACAUCGUGAACGACAUGCCAGACAACUGGGCGUUUGGUAGAUCUUUAAACGGUUGGAUGACGGCUGAAUCGUUUUAUGAAUAUGUCACCAAUUGUUUCUAUCCGUGGCUGGUUGAGAGCAGCAUCGUGUUGCCGAUCGUUCUGUUCGUGGAUGGACAUUCGUCGCAUAUUACAUACCAUCUGAGCGAGUUUUGUCGUGAGAAAAAAAUUAUUCUCAUUGCACUCCAUCCGAAUGCCACUCAUUUGCUGCAGCCAAUGGACGUGUCAGUAUUUCACUCUUUGAAGUGCCACUGGCUAAAAGCCGCUUUGAACUAUCCGAAAAACAAUAAUGGUGCGAGAAUAACCCGUGAUAAAUUUUCUAAAGUCUUGCAACAGGUAAGCGAAUUGCGUAAUAAUUUGAUAGGGCGAUCCAAGCUUUAUUUAUAGUGAAGUUGGAUGGUGGAUUUGUGAAGUACUAAAGUACAUUGACAAUUUAUCCGAAACACGUCUGUAACGUCAAAUAUUUUUGUUUUGAUUUCUAGGUACUCGAAAAUAACAUUACAGAUGUUAUUGUUGCUAAUGGAUUCGUUAAGUCUGGGCUUUAUCCAUUCAAUGCAGACUCAAUCGACUAUGGACAACUUUUAAAACGGCAGAAAUCGGACGAUAGUGUUGAUAUCAGCAUCGGAAACCCUGUGCCGUUACCUGAACAUCGAUCGUCACAAUUUCUGGAACAAUUCGAAUGUAAAUUGGAUGCGAGCUUGCUACAAUCUUUCAAGAAUUCGGCAGAUAAUUCCGCAGAAUGGUUCCGAAAGUGAACGAAACAGCUUGGUGGUAAUUUCCGAUCAAGAUAUUGAAAUCGAAUAUCUUGAUACAACCUACG